CAAUGCUGCUGAUAACGAUGAUUCAAUUUUGGUUAUUAAAGUGAACACUGAAGAAGAGUCUAAUAAAUCAAAAAAUAUACCGAAGGAAACUAUCAACAUUACUCUCCAGCAGUAUAAUAAAUUGAAAAAAGAAAAUGCACAACUCAAGAAAAAUAUGAUCAAAAAAAAUCAAGAAAUUAAACGAAUCAGAAAAGAAAAUUUAAUAGAUAAAGUUCCAAAAACAAUUGAUCGAGCAAAUUUUGUAAACUCAAACUAUAUCAUAAGGAAUCGAAGUUUAAAAACGGAAAGAAGAAUUUUGGCAAAUUUAGAGAUAAAAAGACUUUUAGAUAAAUUGAACUCAAUCGAUCCAUCAUUAGCCAACAAAUGGCAUCAAUUCUUUGAAAAUUGCAGUAAUAUUAGUGAUAUCGAAA